AGGUGAGCGAAGCCGCUCGAAGUGGCUAGUGCUGUUCAGAAUUUCUGUCAUCACAGCCAAAACCAUCCUUGACUAAGUGCAGUUGCGACAACACAUUUCAUUCUCGCACUCCCUGCCCACAACUCACACGUCAAACAGGCUGCGUAAUUCCGAGCUAUACAUACACGUUACACUCGCAACAGCCGAAUACGCUCAACGAAUCUCGCAAACAUGACAGACCAAGCAGCGCUCAAUUCACUACUACAAUGGGGCAUCGAGAAUAGUGCCGCAGCGAAUGGCGACGCACCAGAAGGGCAGCGACGUGAUCCAAGCAGGGGACUGAACCCGGAAAUGCUUGCGCAAUUACUCGGCGGGCCAUCAGACGCGGAUCGCAUGAAAGACGCAAUGCACGCCAUUGUUGCGCCCAUGGAUAAAGUCGACCUGGAAAACAAAUUGAUCGCGUGGGACAACUUCGAGCAGCUGAUUGAGCAAAUCGAUAACGCGAACAACAUGGACCCGCUGAAGUUAUGGGAGCCACUCAUACGGCAAUUGGAUCAUGAAGAGCCGGAGAUGAGGAAGAACGCAGCUCUGUGCAUCAGCACUGCAGUACAGAACAAUGUGAAAUCGCAAGAGCAUGCGAAUAGCUUGGGAGUUGUGCCGAAACUGGCAAAGUUGGCAACAGACGACACAAAUCAAGCUGUGCGGAAGAAAGCAAUUGGAGCAUUGAGCAGCCAGGUCAGAAAUUUCCAGCCCGGCAUGGACGAGCUGGAGAAGGCGUUGCCUGAUAGCGUCUGGAAGAGCUCGAAAGGAGGGCAAGACGCAGCCGAUAUGGAUUCAUGCGAUGCCAUCAUCCAGAAGUUGAGGGAUCUUUCUGCUACAAAGGCGUAGGCUCACGGCACUACAUGUACGAUAGGGAUGAUCAGCAGAUGUCACGCAGGUGAAGAUGAAAUCACCUGAUUCGAUACCAUAGAACGCACGAGGUGCGAAUGAGACACGACUCAAAAUAUCACAAACACUGCGUUUGUCACAUCUUCAUUCCAUUCUGUACAAAAGUCAUUGUCAUGAUCG